AUGGCAAAGGAGGUUAGUACAUUCAAGAAAAUGGAUACAUACAAUCUCACUGAUCUACCACCUGGCCACAAGGCAAUUGGAAAUGCAUGGGUAUUCACACUCAAGUGUAAUGCCAAUGGCACACCAGCCUGCUACAAGGGACAACUAGUAGCCCAAGGUUUUAGCCAACAACCUGGUAUCAACUUCAACAAGAUGUUUGCACCUGUAGCACCUAUUCCCCCCACGCCGUCUCAGACAUUCCCUCCACACGCUCUGGCGUCCUUCACCCAUACUCCUGUCCUGUUAGCCGCUCUAGCUGCUGCUCCAUUCCAUCCCAUUGUUAUGGAUAUGACAUUUCUUCUUUAA